AGGAGAGCAAGAGAGCUAAUAGGAUACAGUGUAGUCUUGAAGAAAUAUUUGAACAGCCGGUUGGAUCUAUGAUGCUGUGCUGGAGUUUGUGAUCAAUAAAUGACCCUCUCAUGUUUAUAACCUGUUCCUCAUGUUCCCGAGGCACCUAACUGGUCUCUUCUCAGUUCGCCGAGGCCCAAGAGGAAAUAGAGAGCACUGCACUCUCUCGAAGCACCACUCACUCAGUCCUGAUCCUCGCAUCACAUCGCAUCGCCUCUCCUCUUCCCAUCUCUCCCACUCUCCUCAACUCAAAAGCAGAACAGAUGGUGGGAAAGCAGCACAUCUGCCCGGGCGCCCUGCAACAAUAGAUCGCUUCGAGCUGGAGUCGAGCCUGGUCAUGUCAGCUUCCGAGAGCUGCUAAGGAUUCGGUUUAUUUUCCCCUUUCACAAAGGCUGCCGAGGGAGGACCGCGCGUCUGUCUGGGCUUUCCAACGAGCGGAGAAGAUGGCGGCCAUUAAGAUUUUAACCAGCGCGGGGCUUUUCUUGGCGUUUUGCGCAAUGGUCUUGUUGGUUAUGGCCAUCUGCACCGAUUACUGGUACGAGACGGAUGCUCGGAGGCAUCGCGAGCGCUGUAAGAACUACGCAAACAAGCGUAACGACCCCGGAUACAUUUACAUCUCAAAUCACAACUUGCCUCUCCAGAUGCCUCCAAAGGGCUAUGAGAGGAAAACGACAGAGACGCGCGGGAAGCGGCACGCUCCGGCCUCGGCGACGGCCAUGGAGUCUCACUGCAGCCGCCAGUUCAAUUCAACGAUCUCCGGUCUGUGGAGAAAGUGUCAUCGCGAGGGUUUUGACCUGGAGACCGAGGAUCUCAUUUACAAAGGGUUGAUUCAGAGAUGCACCCCUGUGAAGUAUCAUUACACCUCUUCAAUCCUGCCUCGAAAUCUUCCUGUCAACAUCACCAAGACCAUCCGGCAAGAUGAGUGGCAUGCCCUGCACCUCCGGAGGAUGACAGCAGGUUUUGUGGGCAUGGCUGUCUCUAUCAUCCUUUUUGGCUGGGGCAUCGGAGUUCUUGGAUGCUGUCAGCAACAUGAUCUCAUGCAGUAUGUAGCUGGACUACUCUUCCUCAUGGGCGGAACCUGCUGUAUUAUCUCCCUUUGUACGUGUGUGGCGGGCAUUAACUUUGAGUUGUCGCGUUAUCCACGUUACCUGUACGGACUUCCAGAGGACAUCAGUCAUGGGUAUGGCUGGUCCAUGUUCUGUGCCUGGGGUGGACUGGGUCUCACCCUGCUGGCUGGCUUCUUAUGCACGCUGGCCCCUUCUUUAAGCAGCCCCUUGGCCCGCACCACUGUCCACAAGUCCAGGCACGAAAAUGGAACUGUGUGAUCAGAGACUUCUGGAGCAGCAUUGCAGCAACGUUUUCACAACAUGUAUUCAGCGUUUACGUGAGGACAAAGCAUCUGGCCUCUUCCUCAUCAUGCAGUAUCCUGACUGGAUCAUUCCUCUUUCCAUGUUCAUAUGACUCUUGUUGAUCGCAGUUUUCAACACGACUCGUGUACACCGUCUAUUUGUUUGAAAGGUGAAAGUCUGUAAAUGACCUGAACACGGAGACACAAGCACAGACCACCAAGCAUCUUCCACAUUCUCACAUGUCUCACUCUGGUCCUUUGUGGCACAAAAAAACCCAUUGAAAAGUUUCGGAGAGGCGGCUGUCUUCUCUCCAGGCAGAUUAAUAAUGAAAUGGUGCUCUCUUUUCAAAAUCACACAACUGCACAGGAAUCUUUUCAAAGACAUCAAGAGGACAAAUAAAUUCACGUUUUUUUCUUACAGCUGACUGACGAUGUGGAGGAUUUUGAGCCCAGAGUGAAGAGAGGAGCAACGAAAAGGAGAGAUAAAAUGAUUUCGGUCGUUCAAGCUUUGAGAAGCAUAUUUCCCAUGGCCUCAGAGAGUCUGUAUGCGUAAAAAAUGGGUUUGUCUAGAUUCCAGGUCUACAUUUGUAUGAAAUUAUGCUUGGGAUACAAAUGGAGGCUUUUCAGUCACGAUUGGUGACGUGGCUUGGUCGGUGGUAGCUGUUUUGAGGAAUCUGACCAAAUGUAUUACUAAAUGGCAUGUGGAUUACCAACUUAAUGAACUUGUUUGUUGGGAAGGCUCAUGAAGACUUAUUGCUAUAAUGAGCAUAUAUGAGAGUUACAUGAGAGCUCAGCACCACGACUGAAUGUUGCUGAAUAGUCAAAAUAAAUAUAAAGCUCUGGCUGCACAUGCAAGUUGAAGAUUUUGAAGAAAACUCAAUGUUGUUUUGCCGCAAAAAGUGAUGUGAGGUCUAAAUACAGAACGCAUAAUGUACAUAAUUUAAAUCAAGACGACGGAUUGCAGGCAGAGUGUUGAAUAUGGCACAAUACAUGACACGCAGCAAGUUAUAAUGUUUACAUUAUGUAAUAUUUGUUUUUAGAUAACGCCAACCAAACAAUAUAAAAAAAACAAAUAGCCUGGAGGCUUUAAUCUAGUAAUAAUCUUGUAUUUUUUUUUUAAAGGGAGAUUUUCCACAUUAUUAUGAAUAAUUAUUUGAUUUAUCUCUCACCAAUGGGUAUUAUUAAUUGAGAAUGCUACUGUGAAAAGCAGUUACUAUAAAUCCUUUACCAAUGCCUCACAUGUAUUUGCCAAAUGUGCAUCCAUGGUCUCAUAGACCUCCACAGAAUCCAAAUCAAUUCUUGAGCACAAUAUACUAGUGUUGAUAUUCACAGUGGGGAUGGGGAAAUGCAAUAGUUAAUGUAAGACUUUAAGGAUGGAAAAUACUAUGGAUGUAUUGUGAGUGCACAUUUUGUUUGUAAAUUGUCAUUUGAAGGAAGCUGGGGUGUCCAGUCAAUUUAGGGUAAAGCUUUCAGCUGAUUGGCACAAACAUAUGUUUCAAACAUAAAAUGAACAAAGCCAAAAGAACAAACCCCUUUAGUUAGAUAUAGGAAAGUGAUGUACUGAGUGUGAACUUUCUGAUGAACUGAAGAACAGGUACUGACUGAAAAUAUAGUGGCAAAGAAGUAAUAAACAUAAUUUAAAAAAGAUGUGAAUGUAUUGGACGGGAUAUAUA